AUGCUGCGCCGCAACUCCGACAUCGAGAUUCAGCUCCCUGAUGCGGGGCCAACCCCCCUUUCUCCCGACUCCGUGAGCGAACCGGACGUGGAAAUGACAUCCGAGGAGCCCGCACCGCCGUUGACUCUCCCGCCGCACAUCGCCGCUCGCUUUUACCGCCGAAACAGCAAGGCCCGGCGCUCGUCUGCGGCUUCUUCGCGGCGUAGCUCCGUUUCUUCGCUGCACUCACAUCAUUCCAACGCAUCCUCAAAUGGCUCUACCAGCACGGAUCAUAUUGCCCAGCAUCUCCGUCGCACUUCUAUCCUCGAAACCCGCAAAGCCCGACUAGCCGAUCGCGCGCUGCACGCCGAGAAGGUGCGACUGCGCGCCGCCCUGGCCAAGGCAACAACCAGAAACUUACACAGCGAGGAGCGUGCGUUGGCAGCGCAGCAAGCCCGGGAGCGUCUCCUGGCCGACAUUGCCGCCAAGUGCGAGGAUCAGGUCAAGCGAGCAAAGAAGAAGGCCGAGGAUCAGCGGGAGAAGAAGGCCGCAGAGCACGCACGUCUCCGGCUUGAAAUGGCUGAGAAGUUUGCAGAGGCAGAGAAGCGACGGGCACUUUAUCAGCAAACCCAUCGUCGCCAGCGCACAAGCAGCUUGCCGGCUGCGGAGGAGAAGAAGAUGGCCCGAGCGGUCACCAAGUCUCAGACACGGGACACCGCGGCGAGAAAGAUCCAGCGAGUCUGGAGAACGCAUCACGCGAAAGCGGUGAUGGGAGAAUUUCGCUCGUUGAAUUUGUCAGUCAACCAAGUGCGCGAGAUGUCCUUCGAGACAGUGGGAGCCCUUCUGUCCAACAAGGGCGUGCUGGAGACCAUGACCAAGGUUCUCCGCCUAUGCGGACUACAGGACAUGGAAGGCGGAGCCAUGGGCGAGCAAGGUGCAGUACGCACAUUCCUCAGCAGCUAUUUAAUUGUUACCCAUCCGACCGAGGUUUUGAGCGGCGAUGGGGAACAGGAGCAGGACCUGAUCAGCAAGGCGCGUGAGCUUCUAGUCGUGUUUGACCAAGUCACGGCUUUGCUUUCGUCCGGUUGCUGCUCGCCAACUGUGAUCACCGCCGAUCUGCAAUCCUUGUGCGAAUCGCAUAAUGUCUUUUUCUCAACGUUCCAUGCAUGGAAGUCUCAUGACUCGAGUGUUUUGAUUGAAAUCAUGCUUGCGCAGUUUGUUGAACUAGAACUUAUCUGGCAGACCGUCAAAGACGACGAAGCCGGUGGCGCGGCUGAUGAUUAUCGUCAAGGCAUCCGGCAGAAUCAGAUUCUCCUCCUGGCCCGACUCAAGCGACUUGCAGGCUCGGAUAAAGCCAUGCAGAUGAUCAGAGAGACUCUCAAGAAAGCCAAGCGAGAGAAGAAACGCUCUGCCUCGAAGCAGGCCAUUCCUCGUUCUACCGAGGUUGCCGCAGCUUCGUCAACGGAUGCCCUGACCGAGAGUGUUACAUCUCCCAUUAGCGAGUCCUUUAACAACGUGGAUGCCGCCGUUCUCCAAGAGCUGGAUAAGCAGCGCGCGUCUCCACAUGAACGAUUCACCAAGAUCCUCACGGCGCUUCCCGAGAAUCGGGUUUUGGUACACGAACUUCUGCUUAACAAAGAAUACAAGAUAGAAGAAGCAUCAUAUACAGAUCCUAGACGGCAAAUUAUGGAGCAUAUGUGCGAACAGAUGAGACGAGAUGUGGAAUCAGGGCAUGGCACUGGCUGGACUGUUGCCAUGGCCACUGUGAUUCAAGACCGGUUAUUACGCUCGCUUCAACCGGGCAACUCCCUUUACGUCCUUAUUAGCGACGUUUUGGAUCCAAAGUUGGUUGAGAGUCAGUGCAAGGCGGGCUCAUUCUCUUAUGAGAACUUCUUCGACUUUAUGAACAAUAUUUUGCCUCGCCUCUGCGCGCCAUACCGAGACCCAGUUGUCAAAGCAUUCGCUGAGGAUACCUCCGGCGAUGCCAUCGAUCGAUUGGCAAGAUUGAUGAGUAUAAUUGACCUGUUGUCGCUGGAUCACACGAACUUUAUGAUUCAGGUAGCCGCACCACAGCUUAUCCAGGAGGCGCCAGGCUAUGAGCAGCGGACCUUCAACAAGGGUAUGACUGAUGGCACAAUUACACUCGGAAAGACCCGCCGUUUCUGGCGCACAAAUCGAAAGAUUAUCGUCGAUGAAAUGAAGAAGCGAGACCCGGAGAGCAUCCAUGGAGAGCCUCGCCCCCCUGCGUCGCGGGUCUAUGCACAUGGCCUCGCAGACUUGGUGCUAAGCAAUGCUAUCGUAUCUGAGGAUUUGAUCCCGGAAACCCUAGCACUUGACCAGCAGCGAUUGGAGCGACUACACGCGAAAGCGUUCCAAAUUGUGGCGACGGCGUCGAUCUUACUGACUGCCAAGAAUUUGCUGAAGCGGGAUGCGCGGUCUCAAUGGAAGCCAGAGGCUGAUCGGAUUCUGUCUCUGAACUUCAACGAGAUUAGCGCCGAACGUGUACACUCUAUUCUUGAGUCCACACAUCCAAUGCCGCCCGCUGCAAGUGCCCAGCUUGCCGCCACGAUUAGACGAGUGCUUACACCCGUCGCAACUGCAAGUUCCUCCGCCGCAUCUCAGCCUACCGUGCAGGUUCAUGCUGAGACAUCCUCCCAGGUGCCAACCGAGCACACUGCAAAUGGGCCUUCCGCGUUAAGCUUCUCGGACCCGGUGGCCAAACUCAUCCUCUCCCGUCUGCGGAGCCAUGUGCUCUCUCGUCUUAGUGCAUCAAGUGCCUCCGAGCGAGUCCGAGCCACCACGACCGCAAGUCAGAGCCUCGCCGCGGCAGGUAUGCCUGAAUUUGUCAGUGAAGUGGGCAAGUUGGUCGAUGAGCUAGAGAAAGUGCGCGAGGUCGACUGGCUCUGUCACAACAGCGUGUAUGAGCGUCUGUGUGAGGAGAGUGUUCCUCCACAGUGA